AUGCAGGACGCUCCAAUACCCUCCACUGCAGAAUCUCGACGCCCUAGCGUUGCAUCAAAUACAACCACCGCUCCUUUUUGGAGCAAUCCCGCGUACCAAAGUUUCCCCCGCAACUCCCGAACGUCGAUCUACUGCCUGUCUUCCACAAUCAACUUAAUUAUUCAUAUAGACCCUGUGCUCCUUUACUUUUCAGCGUUCCAGGAAUCCCGCACACUCGCCAUCGCCGCUAUGGUAUCCCCCAGUCCCGAGGGUGCCUCGAGCAACUUCCCUCAGGAUCCUUCCGAAUUCGACAGCGACCCGCGCAUUUCCUUCUCGAAACUGGACGACAAGUUCAUUUUGGAAACAGAUGAUGGUCAGGAGUUUGAAUACGAUACGGCUUUGAAGCGAUGGAUUCCGACGGGGAACGGCCAAAAACCGAAGAAACAGCGCGUUAACACAGCGGUCUAUGUCACAUCCAUUCCUCUUGACGCUGACUUUGAAGAAAUCCGAUAUGUCUUUUCUAAGUGUGGCGUCAUCGCCGAGGAAAUCGACAGCGGCCGCCCACGGAUUAAGAUGUACAUGGAUGAUGAUGGAAAAUUCAAGGGUGAAGCUCUCGUUGUGUUCUUUCGCCCGGAAUCUGUCAACCUUGCAAUCCAGAUGCUGGAUGACUCGGAUUUCAGGUUAGGAGUAACGGGGCCGCAGGGACCUAUGCGGGUUCAACCUGCAGAUUUCUCUUACAAAAGCCAACAAGAGGCACCGACCAAGACCAGCGCGAAGGACAAGAGAAAGAUCAUUCAAAGGACCCAGAGAUUAAAUAAGUAUGAAACUUACAAGUACGAAUGGUCAUUUGGCAGGAGAGACUUGCUAAUGUGGUGGAACAGCAAACUUGCCGAUUGGGAUGAUGACGAACCGUCUGCUUUACCAGAGACCAACUCUAAGUUUGAAAAAGUCGUCAUCUUGAAGCAUAUGUUCACUCUGAAAGAACUCGAUGAUGACCCAGCAGCCAUCCUUGACAUCAAGGAGGACAUCCGUGAUGAGUGUUCGAAACUGGGAGAGGUGACGAAUGUGGUCCUUUACGAUAAGGAAACCGAUGGAGUAGUUAGUGUCAAGUUCCAAGACCCAGAGGCUGCAAGAAACUGUGUAAAGCUCAUGGAUGGCCGGUACUUCGCUGGGACCCGCGUUGAGGCUUACAUCUCCGAUGGUAGCGAGCGAUUCAAGAAGAGCAACGAGAAACGAGCGGCUCUUGAGGACUUGGCGGAGAGGGGAUUGGAUGCUGAUGAGGAUGAGGAAGAGAAGCAGCGUUUGGUUGAAUUUGGCACUUGGCUCGAGAGCUCUCAUACUGUGGAGAACACGGCCAAAUGA